AUGAAAGUUGAUUUGAAGGAAUCAUGUUUUGAGAAUAUUAAGAUAAGAAAUACUUCCUUAAUAGGAGCAAAUUUAGUAAGAUGUGACUUAAGCGGAUCUGAAUUUGAAAAUGUCAUUAUUAGUGGAGUGAAUUUGAAUUAAGCCAAAUUAUUCAAUUGUAAAUGGAGGAAUUUAGGGAUAAAUGAGGGAAUUGAGAUGAAUGGUCAUGCUGAUAUUGUCAAUUAAGUUUGCUUUUCUCCAGAUGAGAAGUCAUUAGCUUCUUGUAGUGAUGAUAAUUAUGUUAUUUUGUGGGAUGUUAAGACAGAAAAAAGAAAAUAUGUUUUAUAAGGAAAGAGGUAGGUAAAAUCAGUAUGUUUCUCUUCAAAUGGUACUGCGUUAGCUUCAUGUAGUGGCACAUUUGUGUAUGUAUGGAAUCUUAGGACAGGAAAAUAAAUUCUUAAACUAGAUGGUAGUUCAAAAGCAAUGAUAUCAAUCUGUUACUCUUCUGAUGGAACAACAUUAGCAUCUUGUAGUAGCGAUAGAUCAAUUCUUUUCUGGGAUGUUAAAACAGGAUAAUAAAAAAUAGUAUUAGAUAGUCAUUCGGAUGAUGUUAGAUCAGUCUGUUUUUCUCCAGAUGGCACUACAUUAGCAUAUGGUAGUGGAGAUCACUCCAUCCGUUUAUGGGAUGUUAAGACAGGAUAAUAAAAAGCCUAAUUAGAUAGUAAUUUUGGAGAAGUCAUGUCAAUCAUUUUCUCUCCUGAUGGUACUAUAUUAGCAUCUGGUAAUACUGAGGACUUCAUCUGUUUAUGGGAUGUAAAUACAGGAUAAUAAAAAGCCUAACUAGAUGGGCAUUCAGGAACUGUGUGGUCAAUCAAUUUCUCUCCUGAUGGUACUAUAUUAGCAUCUAGUAGUGAUGAUAAAUCUAUCCGUUUAUGGGAUGUUAAGACAGGAUAAUAAAAAGCCAAAUUGGAUGGUCAUUCAGGUUAUGUUUACUCAAUCUGUUUUUCUCCUAUUGGUACUAUACUGGCAUCUGGUAGCGACGAUGGCUCUAUCCGUUUAUGGGAUGUUAAGAUAGGAUAAUAAAAAGCCGAAUUAGAAGGUCAUUAUAGUUGCAUUAAUUCAAUUUGUUUCUCUCCUGAUGGUACUACAUUAGCAUCUGGUAGUAAUGAUAAAUCUACCCGCUUAUGGGAUGUUAAGACAGGAUAAUAAAAAGCCGAAUUAGAUGGUCAUUAAAGUUGUAUUAAUUCAAUUUGUUUCUCUCCUGAUGGUACUACAUUAGCAUCUGGUAGUAAUGAUAAAUCUACCCGCUUAUGGGAUGUUAAGACAGGAUAAUAAAUAGCUAAAUUAGAGGGUUAUUCAGGUUAUGUUUAUACAGUCAGUUUCUCUCCUGACGGUACUACCUUAGCGUCUGGUAUUAAUAAGUCUAUCCAUUUAUGGGAUGUUAAGUCAGGAUAAUAAAAAGCUAUUUUAGAUGGUCAUUCGGAUGAUGUUAGAACAGUUUGUUUCUCUCCUUAAGGUACUUCAUUAGCAUCUGGGAGUUAAGAUGACUAUAUCCUUUUAUGGGAUGUCAAGACAGGCUAAUAAAUGUUCGAAUUAGAUGGUCAUUCAUAUUGGGUUCUAUCAGUCUGUUUCUCUCCUGAUGGUACUAUAUUGGCAUCUAGUAGUUAUGAUGACUCCAUCUGCUUAUGGGAUGUUAAGACAGGAUAAUAAAAAGCCCAAUUAGAUGGUCAUAAGAGUUGUGUUAAUUCAAUCUGUUUCUCUCCUGAUGGUUCUACAUUAGCAUCUGGUAGCUCAGAUAAGUCUAUCCGUUUAUGGGAUGUUAAGACAGGAUAAUAAGCAGCCAAAUUUGAUGGUCAUUCAGGUUGUGUUAAUUCAGUCUGUUUCUCUCCUGAUGGUACUACAUUAGCAUCUGGUAGUGGAGAUAACUCUAUUCGUUUCUGGGAUGUUUCAACAGCAUAAAAAAUAUUAUUUUCAGAUAAUUGUUAAAAAGAUACUCAAGCAUAAUUUUAAUCUUCAACAAUUAUUAAUAAUGGUCUUCCAUAAAGUGGUAUUUAAUCCGUAUAUCUUUAGCAACCUCUAUUAUUACGGUUUUAAGAAUUUCUUAAAAUCCAAAUUUUGAUGCAUAAGGAGCUUUAAUCUUGAAUGGAGAAUUUGUAAAUCAUUAAAGCUUGAAUCUAAAAUCAUUUUUCAAAUUUAAAGGAAGUUUGAUUUUAGAAAACUAUACAGAAUUAAAAUAAGAGUGA